CGUCAACGCAGAAUUUUGAAUUUGACCUGGUGCUGCGUGCUGACCUCGCCUUGUUGGGUUGUAAGGACAGUAAAUAUGCACGUAAAUGGAUGCAUGGGCAGCAAUCUUUCGGACGUCUUCCCUUCACUUCCUUUCCAAGACUCAAUGAAUAACUCUGUCAAUGGUUCAGUCUUGAAUAUAAACGGACCAAACGUAAACAACAUUGAUACUAUGUCUCGACUCAAGUUUCUUGGCUUAAAUUUGGGGAAUAAUAAUCAGAAUGGAAAUAGUAACACCCUUUGUAAUGAAGAUCGCUCACGCACCAAUUUGAUUAUCAACUACCUUCCUCAGAGCUACGACCAAAACGAUCUCCAGCGUCUUUUUGAGCGAGUGGGACCUAUUAGGCAGUGUAAGCUUAUUAGAGACAAGAACACGGGCGCUAGUUUGUGUUAUGGGUUCGUAGAUUUCGUGAACCCUCAGCACGCAGCUUUAGCAAUACAAACCUAUCAUGGCUAUGAGACGGAGCAGAAACGACUGCGUGUGGCGUACGCCAGUUCAGGUGGUCGUCGGUUCACACCAGGACAUCGUCUCCAAACAUUUUCCAAUGGAACUAAUUUCCCAGGUUCAUUAAACUCUGAAGUCACAAAUGAAAAUAUAAUUGGAUGGGAGAUUAUAGUAACUGGGAUACCUGUAGAGUGGACGGAACCGGAUUUACUCCGUCUCUUUUCUAAUUUCGGGGCCGUUGUGGUUAUUAGAUUAUUAGCUCCUCAAUUUCCCGAUUCACCGCCAGGUCAAAAGCCUCGUCUCAGUCCCGCUUUGAAUGGAGCUUCAAGUGAUAUGAGUUCAGAAUCAGCAGACACCAAGUUCACUUCAAGUGCAUCUGUCAUUUUCCAGGAGAAAAAUAAUGCUGAACUUUCUGUUUUGCGCUUGAAUGGUUAUCAGGCCCCAGAAUGGACCACACCGCUUAGAUUGCGUUUAAUUGGUUCAGUAACAAGAGAAACUUAUGGACUGUUUUACUUUUCUUCGCGUCAGUCACCACUCCCGCUUAAUCGUACAACUAACAACAACAGUAACGCCGAUCCGUUGACCGAAUCGAAUAUACUCACAAAUGUGCUGAAUAGACGGACGCUGAACACACUAGGCUGCGCUGUGCAUGGAAAUUCACAAAGUCAGUAUAUGGCAGAAACAAAAAACUCUGAAGUCACUCUAAACGUAGCAGUGGAAUCUAGCAGUUCCCUCCAGUUACCGUCAAACCCACCGUUCGGCAUCCCUCCUCGACCAAUCAUGCGAAACAAAAUCACUGAUCACAACCUAACAUCGAUCUUCAACCGCGACGUCCUCUCACAAACCAGUUCGUUAAAUGUCUUGGAUUUCCUUGACGGUCACCAUAAUGCAAACUCACCAGGUUUGGUUGCUGGGGUUGAUCGCUGUUCAUCCAGAGAAAUUUCGAUAAUUAACACGCUAAACUCCCAACGAACUGUCGACAAUGACCAGCCGAAAUUGGAACAGUCUCUCAGGAACUUGACGAAUACAACGAGUCAUUCUCCAUGGCUGUUUUCCCAACAGCGGUCUGUACUUAACCCACUCCCGGAAACUGGACGUUCUGACGAAAUAAACCCGAGUGCUUUGACAGCUGGAGUAUGCAGGCGUUUGUCUGUUAAAAGUCCUUUGAUACCAAGUCCUGUCUUGUCGAGUUUAUUAACACAGCGGGGUUGUCAGAUGAACAUAUGGCUCAAACUAGAAAAUAUUCAACCGACUGGAUCAUUCAAAAUACGUGGUGUUGAAAAUGUGGUUCGCAAGUGGGCAGCCGCGGGAGUGACUCAUAUUGUCUGUCCAACUACUGGGAAUGCAGGCAUAGCCGUAUCUUUUGCAGCUCACACUUACAGAAUAAACUGUACAUUAGUAGUUCCUGAGGCUCUUGAGCAAACUAUUAGACGGCGCCUAUCAUUAGAGGCGCAGGAAGCCAAGAUCGUUAUUGGUGGCACCAGUUUCUUGGAGGCCCAUCACCGCGCUGAACAAUUAGUAAACGACCUACAAUCUGGACAUAAUGAUCCCACUGUCCGACUUCUUCAUCCUUAUGAUCAGCCUGAACUAUGGGAAGGAUACGAAACUAUUGUCGACGAAGUCACUCCAGAAAUCGGUCAACCAGAUGCUAUAGUUGUCGCCGUUGGUGGUGGAGGGUUGCUUGCAGGCGUCAUACAAGUGAGUGUCGUCACAUUUUGAAACUUCUUCCAUCUAAAAUUUGGUAUCCCAUGUACAGCUUAAUACUCCGAGGGUUAGCAAUACUACCUGAAUCAAAGUGAAUAUAGGUGCCUUGAAUGUAUGGUCCACUGACUGUAAACCAAAUCAUCUAUCCUCCUGUCUCCUACAAAAAUGUUUGUAUAUAUCUGUAACAUUUUUCAUGUUAUUUUUACUCACGAUGUUAACCCAGUUCUAUAAUGCUGAUACAGCAAAAAUUUGUAAAUUCAGGCUUCACAUUCAUAGUCAGUACAUUUAACAACGAACUUCAUAAUUCAAAUACGCUGGACAACUAAAAUAUCUUAAUAUAUUUUUAAGGUGAUGCCUUUUUAUAAACCUUUUAUCCCACAAAUAAGUUUUAUCCAGGGCUUAUUCUCCGAAGAUUUUCAUGAGAUAUUUCUACAUGUUUAGGGUCUGUGGAAUAGAGGAUGGUCUUCAACCCAUAUCGUAACUGUGGAAACAGAGGGAGCAGAUUGCUUAAACCGUUCAUUGAAAUCUGGUCAGUUAGCAGUUAUCCCACGAAGCUCAACGAUUGCAACUUCUCUCAGCGCCCCAGUCUUGGCACAGCGUGCUUGGAGUUUGGCUCAAUGCCAUUCGAUUAGUGCAGUGACCUGUACUGACGGAGAGGCAGUUGAUGGAGUUAAACGUUUUUUGGGUAAGAUCUUGUUUCAGUAGCUUCACACAUUAUUUCUGUACCCGUCCCGAACUUCGUAUAUUGACGAUGACAUUAUUCCUGUCGAUGAUAAGGUUACCACUUUGAAGUCAGCCAAACAAACUAGGUUUAGAAGUAGACUUAAGUAGCCACACAUUUCAAACGUCUGUCAGUGUUGGAAAUGUACACGUUAACAAGUUCUGAUCAAGAGCAUUGGAUGUCUUAGUCAUACGAAAAUCAAUUUGUGUUGCCUUACACUCCACAAGACUAACAUAUUUCAACCAUGUUGGUCAGUCAGCUUCAACGUAGGACCAGGCGCUUAUAAGCAUCAGUCCAAGUUGCCAUAUCUCUUGAGCACAGCAAGAUAAGCAUCAAAUUCAUAGAAGCUGUUACUUCAGUGGUAUUAAUAUGUAUAAACAAAGAUUACAUAUUAUGAGGACAUGAUACAAGGUUUAACCAUGUCAAUUAAGAUUAAUUGGGAACUAGCAGUAUGUCACAUGUAACCAAUCCGAGUUAGUUGUGUAAGUUCCUAGUCGACCACAUCCAGAUAGACAUUGUCAUAGUUAUCUUUGAUAAUGUGUAGCGUACUCUAAAGCACAGUUUCAAGCCUUCAGCAUUUUCUUCCAUCAAAAUUCUGCCUUGUCAUACCUCACUAAUAUGAAGGUUUUCUAUACAUUUCAGAUGACCAUGGAAUGCUUGUUGAUCCAGCUUGUGGAGCAGCACUUUCGACUAUAUAUUCAGGCUACCUAUCACGCCUACAACUAGAGGGUCGCCUACCUCGUCCCUCCAAUGUUCUGAUAAUUAUCGGCGGUGGACGGAAUGUCUCUUUUCGUCAGUUGAUUGACUGGGAAAACCAAAUGUCUUCAUUUGCUCCAGAACAAAUUGCUGCAUCUGUUUUACCGCCUUUAUCAAGUUCUUACAUCACUCACUUAUCACCUCGUUCGACAUGCCAAGAAAUACCUAAAUCUUCAGCAAUGACUCAUUACACGUCAGGGACUGAACACGAAGAAGGCAGAGUUGGGACCCCAACACCAAACACGCCGCGAUCUGUGUGUGCUAUUUUGAGCAGAACUGCAGUCUCCAGGUCUGAUGCUGCUGACCACCACAUGUCAGUUUGCAAUGGACUGGAGGUCGAAAAUAGUUCUGAAUGCGCUGGUUCUUUAAAUCCACACGACCUAAUGAAUUUCUCCAAACUCCUGGCCUCAUCUGAGGCUGAAGGUGAAGAAGGUGGGCUACGUGAAUAACAACCUUCAGAUUAAUCAAUGUUAACCAUGUUUUAUUUUUACUUCUAUAUUUUGACUAUAAACAGUUUUAUGUUUUUCUGUUUUCUAGGCUUAGGUUAUCUUGAAUACCAUAUACUUAAUUAUUUUUGACUGCUUUUGUUUGUUUGGAUUUUUCUUAUUGAAAUUGAAAUUUUUAGACGGCUGCAACACGCGGACAAGCAUUAAUCACUCUUGAUUUAUUAUUUGUUUAUUGGAUUUCGUAUUCUUUUUUCAUUUGGUGGUUAUUAUAGUCUUUGAAUGCUGAUCCACUUAUUUGUUUAUUUUAGUCUUUAUUGUCUUAUAGAUAUUUGUUUUGUUUACUCUUCAUUAGUUUAUAAUUUGUUUCGUCAUUUUGUCGUCAUUUCCACUUAUAUUAAUCUGUUUAACGCGCUGUUAUGGUGUAAGAUUCGAGGACUAUUACAUCCAUAUGAGAGAGAAAAUACAUCUAAUAAACAAAUAAUGAAUCAACAGAGAUCAAUGCGUGUCGGUCGUGCAAAUUUGUUAGCGCAUCUAUUUACCAGUGAUUGAAUUCUCUUGAUGGUUAUCAUGUCUCCCUACCUCACUUCAUCUAUUUUAUGCUUCAUCUUUCUCUGUAAACUUGGCCUAUUUUUUCAUUAAAUGAGCAUCAUUUCAUAUAAAUUAACCAUUCCGUUCCUCUAGUUUAUUUUCGCAAAUUGAUUUAGUUAAUUUGUGUGUAACGCCUUACUUGAAGCAAGGUGGACACAGUCGCAUUUGUUUUGUUUUUAUCUUAUGUUACUUAUCUUUAUCGUACUACACAAUUAUUUCGCACUUGUGCCUUUCUUUUUAUAGUCAUUGUGUGUUUUUAUUAUUUCUGGCAAGCAGCAUUACUUUCUAAUCUGAUAGAGUACAAGAUUUUGGAUUUAUUUACUCUAUUGUAUUUCGUUUUCAAUAAUGGAAACAAUUAUGUAUGGUUUUGCUUGUUGGUUUUUUGUAGUCUUUUUUAUUACCAUUUACUUAUAAUGUGUAUCACCUACAUUACUUUGCAUUGUUUUUUAAUUUUCAUUGCAUAAAUUUGUGUGUUGC